GAGGGAGGCGCGUGUGCGGCGAUUGUAGUUGCGCGGCUGUGCCGGGAAAGCGGCGGCGGCGCAGUCGGCGCUGCGUCUCUCUUGAGGAUCGGAGGCGCUUGGUCUUCAAGGGCCGGUGCGAAGGCAGCUUCCCCACCCCAAGGAUCCGACCAACCCCGAGAUACCAUCAUCUUUGCCUUUGUGAUGAGAUGCUUCCAGGACUUUUGAAGAAGCGCCUUUUGGAAAAACCUCUGGAAUACAAGGUUCAGGAAACUUUUGAGUUAAAUGGCUGCCAAACUGCCCGCAGGAAAGGGGAUUGAUCCCUCUCUGGAGCGGCCAUUCCGAGGUGUCGCUCAGGAGGAUCCACCUCGGAUGACACCAUCAGAGGACAGAGCAACACAGAUGGUAUCUUCUGAAACAUCUAUUUUGUGUGCUGGAGGAAUAGAAGCAUUUGGGCUUUCAAGGAAGAAUUCCAUUUUUUUUGAAGAUGUAGCUGUGUUUUUCUCUGUGGAAGAAUGGGCCCUGCUGGAUUUGGAGCAAAAAAACCUGUAUCGAGAGGUCAUGCUGGACAACGCAAGGAACCUGUCCUCUCUAAAGACCACAGCAUCAUCGAUGGUAUCUUGCAGAACAUCUGUUGUCUGUGGUGGAGGAAUAGCAGCAGUUAUGCUUUCAAGGAAGAAUUCCAUUUCUUUUGAAGAUGUAGCUGUGUUUUUCUCCGUGGAAGAAUGGGGCCUGUUGGACUUGAAGCAAAGAACCCUGUAUCGAGAAGUCAUGUUGGAAAACGCAAGGAACGUUGCCUCUCUAAAAUAGAAUAGAACAGAACAGAACAGAACAGAACAGAACAGAACAACAAAGUUGGAAGGGACCUUGGAGUUCUUCUAGUCCCACCCCCUGCUUAGGCAGGAAACCCUACACUACUUCAGACAAAUGGUUAUCCAAUAUCAUCUUCCAGUGUUGGAGCAUUCACAACUUC